AUGACUAAUCGUCUCACGUUUUUAGGUAAUUAUACGGGGUGGUUUUCGAGGGCGACCCUAGCCGAACCCCGAGUUCGGAUUUACCGGCUAGUGUUGUUGUUGCCGUUACCAUGUCCAGCGCAAGACAGGGACUAUAUUGGGUUCGCCACGCUUCCGGAACAAGUGCACAGAAAAUCGGUGAAGCGAGGAUUCGAGUUCACGUUGAUGGUCCUGGGUGAGUCCGGGCUGGGAAAGUCGACCUUGAUAAACAGCCUCUUCCUCGGGGACCUCUACAAGGACAGGCGGAUUCCGGAUGCCCUGGAACGCGUGGAGAAGACGACGUCCAUCGAGAAGAAGACGAUGGACAUCGAGGAGCGAGGCGUUCGCCUUCGGUUGACCAUUGUUGACACCCCAGGCUUCGGAGAUGCCGUGAACGGCGAGGACACAUGGAAAGCUUGCUCGGCUUACAUCGACGAGCAGUUUCGACAGUACUUCACGGACGAAAGUGGACUGAACAGGAAGAAUAUCCAGGACAACAGGGUGCAUUGUUGCCUUUACUUCAUACCGCCUUACGGACACGGGUUGCGACAAUUGGACCUGGAGGUGUUGAAACGACUGCACCGGAAAGUUAACGUGGUACCGGUGAUCGCCAAAGCCGAUACCCUGACGACCUCUGAGGUGAAGAAACUGAAAGAAAGGAUUUUGACCGAUAUAGAGGAGCAUGAAAUUCAGAUAUACCAAUUUCCGGACUGUGACAGCGACGAGGAUGAGGAGUUCAAGCAGCAGGAUAAGGAGCUGAAGGCUUGCAUCCCGUUUGCGGUGAUUGGUAGUUCUACAGUCCUGGAAGUCGCAGGAAGGAAAGUCCGAGGUCGCCAAUAUCCUUGGGGGGUUGUCGAAGUUGAAAAUCCGAAGCACAGCGAUUUCGUGAAACUAAGGACGAUGCUGAUAUCGACGCAUAUGCAGGACCUGAAGGAUGUGACUCAGGAUGUUCACUAUGAGAAUUUCCGCGCUCAAUGCAUUUCCCAGAUCUCGCAGCAGGCGAUACGAGAACGGAGUAAACUAAAAAGAGACUCUGGGCCGCAUUUUGACAACAGCAUAUCGGACACGGAUAGACUUCUCUUGCAGAAGGACGAAGAGGUGAAGAGAUACGUUCAUAAAAUGAAUCAUGGGUCAAGUGUAACAUUUUCGGAAUACAAUACUUUGUUUACAGAUAAGAAGGAUGCAAGAUAUCCUCGCACAGAUGCAGGAGAAGUUAAAAGCCACGGGACAAGCUGGAGGUGGGAUGAGAGGUCGCGUUGGAAGUCUUGGAAACGACUUGGACUCGACUGAUACAGACAAGAAGAGAAACAGCAUCAUAGACGUCUAGGGAAAAUCGAGACCUCGUUCGGGGCUGAUAAGGGAUGCGCGCGAUAGAUAAGCGUCGGAGUCUUUUUUACAUAGUGGAUUAGUUCCUUACAGUUUCUAGGAAGAGUUAGUGCACUGAAAAAGAAACCCUUUGCAUUUGUAGGCCCAUUAUCUCCACGCUAAUUUGGCACAAGAUUGUCGGCUGUGGAUUACGAAUUUUAGACAAUUAAAUGUCGACAUUAGCGUCGAAGUAAUGAAUCGGUGUGAUGGGUUAAUUCCGACGUUACAUUAGAGGAAGGUGAGUCGAAGUUUGACUAAAAAUGACUAAUCGCGAUAUUUCGGAGCCUUAAAUUAAAUUCUUGCAAUCCGAACGAGCUGUUAAAUGCGACAGCUCGCCAGGUUGCAGGAAUUCUAACAUUUCCUUUAUAACACGUACAGUAAAUCGAAAUUUUCAUAGCGAGUUUUUAGCAUUUUCUAGCCUGGGCGGUGACAAAGGA